ACUAACAAACAAUACAACAAAAUGUUCAGUAAAAUCGUAACUUUGAGCGCGCUGUUGGCCGCUGCCAACGCUGGAUACUUGGGUCAUGGUCACGCUGUGUCCUCUCAAAGUAUCAUUCGUCACGAUGAACCCGUGCACUACGCUGCUCCCGUCGCCCACUACGCCGCUCCCUUCGCCCACUACGCCGCUCCCGUAGCUCACUACGCCGCACCCGUAGCUCAUUACGCUGCCCCACUUGCUCACUACGACGGCCACGAUACUUACACACACCCCAAAUACGAUUUCUCUUACUCCGUGGCUGACCCCCAUACUGGCGACCACAAGUCCCAGCACGAGAGCCGCGACGGUGACGCCGUGCACGGAUACUACUCCCUCGCUCAACCUGAUGGUUCCAUCCGCAAGGUUGAGUACACCGCUGAUGCCCACAAUGGUUUUAACGCUGUGGUGCACAACUCCGCCCCCUCCGUACACCCCGCUCCCGUUUACGGACACGCUUACCAUCACAUCAAUCAACACUUGACCGUUGAGAACUUUACAACAAACAUGUUCAGCAAAAUCGUAGCUUUGAGCGCGCUGUUGGCCGCUGCCAACGCUGGCCACUUGGGCCAUGGCCACGCUGUGUCCUCCCAAAGCAUUGUCCAUCAUGAUGAACCCGCACACUACGCCGCUCCCGUGGCUCACUACGCCGCCCCCGUCGCCCACUACGCCGCGCCUGUAGCUCACUACGCCGCUCCCGUAGAACACUACGAUGGUCAUGACACAUACGCUCACCCCAAAUACGACUUCGAGUACUCCGUGGCUGACCCCCACACCGGUGACCACAAGGCCCAGCACGAGAGCCGCGACGGUGAUGCCGUGCACGGAUACUACACCCUCGUGCAGCCUGAUGGUUCCGUGCGCAAGGUUGAAUACACCGCUGAUGACCACCAUGGUUUCAACGCUGUAGUCCACAACACCGCUCCCAUCGUCCACGACCACGGACAUGGCCACGACUACCAUACCGUUACAAAUUCUACUAGUAAAAUGUUCUGUAAAAUCGUUGCUUUGAGCGCACUGUUGGUCGCGGCCAGCGCUGGCUACCUGGGCCACGGGCAUGCCGUGUCCUCCCAAAGUGUCAUCCGUCACGAUGAACCCCAUCAUUAUGCUGCUCCUAUAGAACAUCACGCGCACUAUGACAGCCAUGACGUACAUGCUCACCCCAAAUACGAUUUCUCUUACUCCGUGGCUGACCCCCACACUGGCGACCACAAGUCUCAGCACGAGAGCCGCGACGGUGACGCCGUGCACGGAUACUACACCCUCGUGCAGCCGGAUGGUUCCGUGCGCAAGGUUGAGUACACCGCUGAUGCCCACAAUGGAUUCAACGCUGUAGUCCACAACACCGCUCCCAUCAUCCACGACCACGGACAUGGACACGACUACCAUCAUUACUGAAUGAUCAUCAAAGACUGAUUGUGUUAUGCCUAUUUAUUAUUUCAGUUUCGAUGUGAAAAUGAAAUGAGAAUGAAUGAUUGAAGAAAUAUAGUUUAU